ACCGCCGCCCGCUGCCGGUGACCGGGCAGACUGAGGAGUGGGGCGGGGCGCGGGGGCUGCGUGGCCCCGGAGCGAAGACCGCGGGAGCCGAAGGCGACGCGCACGGCUGUCUGGGGCCCGGAGCCGGGCAGAGACCACAGGGACCAUGUCCGGGAGAAGCCUCCACCUCUCCACCACUGAGCGCGCCAUCAAAGCUGUCCCAUUUCCUCCAACCCAACGACUUACUUUGAAAGAAGUAUUUGAGAAUGGGAAACCAAAAAUUGAUGUUUUGAAAAACCAUUUGGUGAAAGAAGGGCGACUAGAAGAGGAAGUUGCCUUAAAGAUAAUCAAUGAUGGGGCUGCCAUCCUGAGACAGGAGAAGACUAUGAUAGAAGUAGAUGCUCCAAUCACAGUAUGUGGUGAUGUUCAUGGACAAUUCUUUGACCUUAUGAAGUUGUUUGAAGUUGGAGGAUCACCUAGUAACACACGCUAUCUCUUUCUGGGUGACUAUGUGGACAGAGGCUAUUUCAGUAUAGAGUGUGUGCUGUAUUUGUGGAGUUUAAAAAUUAAUCAUCCCAAAACAUUGUUUCUACUUCGAGGAAAUCAUGAAUGCAGACACCUUACAGAAUAUUUCACCUUCAAACAGGAAUGUCGAAUCAAAUACUCUGAACUGGUGUAUGAUGCAUGUAUGAACACAUUUGACUGUCUUCCUCUUGCUGCCCUCUUAAAUCAGCAGUUUUUAUGUGUACAUGGAGGAAUGUCACCUGAAAUUACUUGUUUAGAUGACAUUAGGAAAUUAGACAGAUUUAAAGAACCUCCAGCCUUUGGACCAGUAUGUGACCUGCUUUGGUCUGAUCCCUCAGAGGAUUAUGGCAGUGAAAAAACCUUGGAGCACUAUACCCACAACUCUGUUCGAGGAUGUUCUUACUUUUACAGUUAUUCUGCAGUUUGUGAAUUUUUGCAAAACAAUAAUUUGUUAUCAAUAAUUAGAGCCCAUGAAGCCCAAGAUGCAGGGUAUCGAAUGUACAGGAAAAGCCAGACAACAGGUUUUCCAUCACUCAUCACAAUUUUCUCUGCUCCUAAUUACCUAGAUGUCUAUAACAAUAAAGCUGCGGUAUUAAAAUAUGAAAAUAAUGUCAUGAAUAUCAGGCAGUUUAAUUGUUCUCCACACCCUUACUGGCUUCCAAACUUCAUGGAUGUUUUCACAUGGUCUUUGCCUUUUGUUGGGGAAAAAGUCACAGAAAUGCUGGUUAACAUUCUCAAUAUAUGUUCUGAUGAUGAAUUGAUAUCUGAUGAUGAACUUGAAGGAGGCACUUCAGUUCGAAAGGAGGUCAUCAAGAAUAAAAUCAGAGCCAUUGGGAAGAUGGCACGGGUUUUUUCAGUUCUUCGGGAAGAGAGUGAGAGUGUGCUGACUCUUAAGGGCCUGACUCCUACAGGUACACUCCCUUUGGGUGUCCUCUCAGGAGGAAAGCAGACUAUUGAGACAGCCACAGUAGAAGCGGUAGAGGCCCGGGAAGCCAUCAGAGGGUUUUCACGUCAACACAGGAUCCGGAGUUUUGAAGAAGCCCGAGGUCUGGACCGAAUCAAUGAACGAAUGCCACCCCGAAAAGAUAACCAAUUUGCUGAUGGGUCAAUGAAAUCAGUCACCUCUGUACACUCCAGCUCAGCAUAUAAGAGUGAACAUGGGAAGAAAGGCCAGUAAUGGCUCAGUCCUGCCAUGGCACAGAUGGAUUUAUUUAUUUAUUAUUGGAAAACAAAAACACUGUAAACCUGGAGGUGCAUUCAAAAUAUACUGCAUUUAUUCUGUAAGAAAGGCAACGAUUUUAUAAAUUCCUUUAAUUUAUGUUCAAUAUAUAUGAAAAGUACAUCUGUUUUGUUUUUUCCCUUCUCUUAGUUUUUAGGAACUAAUCUUGAUUGUCGUUGAUACAUGUGUGAAGUGUUGUGCUAUAAAAGGGAUUUUCCCAUAAUAAAAGGGCCUUGGAAACCUCCACCAUGGA